UUUUCGUUUUCUGUAUUUACCCGUUGAAGCUUCGCAUUAACACUGAAUGGAAAGCUAUGUACCAAAUUUUUAUAUGCUUAUAGUAUAAACUAGAACGUUGACCUUUGCUUAUCAUACAGUCACUAUGAGUCCAUGACCAACUUGAACUAGUUCAUUUAAGUGCCCAUCUCUGUUUAAUCAGGCUAGGAUGCCGGGUAGUUUUGUUGGUGUGUUAUUUAAGUUCUAUCUAUUGCUUCUUUUUAAGAGGGUCUUUGGUUGAGCUGCUAAAUAGAGGUGUAUAUAAAAUUUGUAUACAGUUUCCAUUCUUCAGUCUCCGCUUUAAAAUGCAUCAAUUUCAAUAAAAAGCAAAUUGCAUUUAUUAAAAUGUUACAUAAAUAGACUGAUAAAAGAGCCUUUACCGCUUAAUACACUGAGUCAGAGAACAAAGCCCUUCACAAAUUUCAUUUUCUCUUUAUUAAUUAUCCAAGGGCGGUUAGGGGCUGAGAAUGGAGGCAGGAGUUGCAUGCAAGUUGAAUUAUCCGACAUGGAUUGAGUCAGAAAGGUUUGGGAGGAACUCGACUGGUUCUUUGCGGUUCGGUCGGAUAGCAAAGGAAGAACACAAGGCCCGGCUGGUUGUUUUGCCGUACUUUCCGGUUCUGACAUCUUCUAAUCGGUUUAGAUCGGUCUCUUUCGAGAUUUCCUGCUCUUCCUCUAAGAACUUUUCAGCUUCAACGAUUGAAACUGGUAGCGUUCAUGCACCUUAUGAUGAAGCUUUAGUGUUAAAGAAUAAGUCACUAGAGGUUGAGCCAUAUUUAAAUGGGCACAGUAUAUAUCUUGUUGGAUUGAUGGGUUCUGGAAAAACUACAGUGGGAAAAAUUCUGUCUAACGUACUCAGUUAUUCAUUUUGUGACAGUGACGCGUUAAUAGAGCAGGAGGUGAAUGGAAUGUCUGUAGCCGAAAUAUUUAAGCUUCAUGGUGAGAGAUUCUUCAGAAAAAAGGAGACUGAGGUAUUGCAGAGGCUCUCUUCAAAGAAACAACUUGUUGUUUCUACCGGCGGAGGUGCAGUUGUAUGCGAUGUGAACUGGGAUUAUAUGCAAAAGAAGGGGAUUGUUGUCUGGUUAGAUGUACCUUUGGAAGCCUUGGCACAGAGGAUUGCUGCAGUAGGUACUCAUUCUCGUCCCCUUUUGCAUUAUGAACAUGGUGAUCCCUAUACAAAGGCUUUAAAACGUCUGUCUUACCUUUUGGAACUGAGGGGUAAAAAUUAUGCUAAAGCAAAUGCCCGGGUUUCAUUGGAAGAAAUUGCAGGCAAACUAGGUUAUAGAGAUGUAUCAGAUCUUACUCCAACAGAGAUUGCAAUCGAGGCAUUGCAACAAAUUGAAGGGUAUCUAAAGGAGGAAGGUGGCAUGGUCGUUGCUGGAUUAUAGUUUUGAAAAAGCUAUAGAUAUGGUGAUUGAAUUUCGUUUUAUUUGUGGCAUAGCAUGUCAAAGUUGACUAGUUUUUUUUUUUUUUUCCAUCUCUGCACCGGUGUAGUUUGUUUCCACAACUAAGUUGUGUAACUCCCAAUGUAUUGUCACUAAAUAUCAUGAACAUGAUGCACUUGCAUAUGUUUGCCUAA